AUGUCCAACAGACGGCAGUGGAUAUCAAAGGCUGAGGACGUGACCGAUGAGACAGUGGCGUACGGAGACGUAUGGGAGCCGUACCGCUGGCCGUUGACUACGAGUCUAUGCGGCGCUCUGUUGCUGCUGUUGGCGGAGUGCCAGACGGAGGCGCCAACUCUGUUGGCCGGUGUGCCCAGUGAUGGACACAACCGACCCAAAGUUUAUAUGCUGUGCACCGGAAGGAUACUAACGCUUCUCAUAUUCGUCACAAGCCUUAGCCAAGACCUGCGCGACGAGGAAAACGUGUUGCUUAUCAUACGAAGGAUUAUAGUCGUCGUACUCGUGGUGGCCGUCACUAUCGGCUAUAAGACCAAACUGUCGGCCCUUUUGCUGGUCGUGUGGCUCACGGUCAUCAAUUCAUAUUACAACUGUUUUUGGGCGAUAGACUCAAACAAAUCAUUGUUUUAUAUCCGGAUAAAAAGCUUUUUCUAUACCCUGUCCGUCAUCGGCGGUACUACAUUAAUGUAUAUGUAA